AAUUUACAUACUCACACAGGCACAUACGUCAGUGGCACCAAGAAGAGAGCUGAGACGGAGAGUUGGAUUACUAACAUUCAUACUGUAAAAGAAGCAUUUUCUUUCUGUAUAGAAGGUGGAUCCUCCAGAUCAUGGCUCUACUUCUUUUCAGGCAUUCUCAGUUGCCCAGACGUUUGCUGGUGGCUACCUGUGUAACAGCACAAAUGCAACGCUGGGCGACUUCCAUGAGCAGAACAGAGGAUCUCAGUCUGGCAAGUAGCAGCAAUCUUACAAAGGAAGGAAAGAAAACCAUAGAUGAUCUGCCUGGUCCCAGCCUGCUUACUACUGCCUACUGGCUUUUUGUCAAAGGAUACCAUGGCAAAAGCCAUGAAAUGCAACUGGAACAGAAAAAAAUAUAUGGUCCAAUCUGGCAGUCUAAAUUUGGCAAAUUUCAUCUUGUCAAUGUAGCAAGUGCAGAGUUGAUACAGCAGGUAAUCAAACAGGAAGGAAAGUACCCAGUGCGGUGUGACUUACCUCACUGGAAAGAGUAUAUAACAAUGAGAGAACAAGCCCCUGGAAUGCAUACCAACUUUGGGGAGGAGUGGUAUCGUCUCCGUAGUGUCUUAAACCCGAAGAUGCUAAAAAUCAAAGAAACAAGUAUGUAUGCACCUACUAUUCAGGAAGUCGUUACAGAUCUGAUAAAGAGGAUUUAUUUCCUUCGAGAGAACCAGGGUCAGGGGACAAUGGUCUGCAAUGUUACAAAUGAGCUGUACAAGUUUGGCUUUGAAGGCAUCUGCUCCAUUUUAUUCGAGAAACGUCUUGGCUGCCUGCAAGAAAAUAUUCCUGAAGAAACAAAGCGGUUCAUCAAGGCUGUAGGUGACAUGCUUACUCUAUCAGAGAUUGUCAUAUUUUUACCUAAAUGGACUCGAUCAUUUCUACCUUACUGGGAAAAUUUUAUAAAAGCAUGGGAUGAUAUAUAUGAAGUCUCAAAAAAGUUGGUUGAUGCAAAACUAAAAUCGUUGGAUAAGAUGGUGCAGAAUGGAGAGUCAGUAGAAGGGGAGUUCCUUACAUUCCUAUUGUCAUCUAAUAAGCUUUCUUUGAAGGAGAUUUACACAGUCUUGACUGAGCUGCUUCUGGGAGGAGUGGACACGACAUCAAACACUAUGUCAUGGACACUAUAUCACUUGGCUAAGGAACCAAAUAUUCAGGCCCACCUGUACCAGGAAAUCAGUAGUGUCUGUCCUGGUAAUCAGAUCCCAACCACCGAAGAUCUGACAAAAAUGCCAUAUCUAAAGGCAGUAGUAAAGGAAAUCUUAAGACUUUAUCCUGUGGUUCAUGGGAAUGGACGCUGGAUAAUUGAGAAUGAAGUCAUAUUGCAGGACUAUUGGUUUCCCAAAAAGACUCUGUUCCACAUGUGUCACUAUGCAGCCUCACAUGAUGAGAAGGACUUUCCUGAUCCAUAUCAAUUUCAGCCUGAACGCUGGCUGAGGACCACAGAGAGGUACAAGCACAACCCAUUCAGUUCAGUCCCUUUUGGUGUUGGAGUCCGAGCCUGCGUGGGCCGAAGAGUUGCAGAACUGGAGAUGUACUUUGCUCUAGCAAGGAUAAUGAAGCACUUUGAGAUCCAGCCCGAUCCUUCUGGUACCACGGUGAAGCCAAACACACGAACAUUAAUGAUUCCUGGAAGUCCUAUUAAUCUGAACUUUAUUGACAGGAAGUAAAGACUGAGACCACAGUCACUACCAUACUUGCUCAUUGUACUUCUUGAUCAUUAACAAUUAAGCUUUCCUACAAGGUGCUUCUGAAUGGCAAACAGAAAAGAGAACAACUUGCAAGAAGCUCUAAGGCUACCAUUCUUGUCACUUUAAGUGAAACCACAGACGUACAAUUGGCAUCAGCCUGAAAAUAAACUGCUAUGGAAAAUAUAUGCAACAUAUGUAUGAAGUAUAUCUACCAUACUGAUGGCUGAAGUGUUUUAAAAUUAUGGAAUCAUAUGCUACACUUGAAGAUGGUGAGAUGUCCUUUAAUAUCCACAUGUGCAGUGCUUUUUCUGCACUAGGAGUGAAAUUUAAACAUUUAAGGACUACAUUAGUUUUGCAUCAAGCCUUGGAAACAAUUGUCACUGUCAGCUUUAUUUUCAGAAGGUUAAUUGAAUCCUUACUUUUCUUGUUGUUAAUAUAGAUUGUGGUAAUGGCUUCCAACCUCCUGUUUGAAGUAAUUUCCUUAUAGAGAUCCAUAGUAUAGACCUCUACAUUUUAUGAACUAUUUCUUAAAAUCACCUUAAUAGUAAGAUUUGAAUGUGUUGGGUGAUAAAAUUGUCAAUUAUUUCAGCAAAUAGUAUCCUGCAUGAAAUAAGCUGGUUUUACAUAUAUAUAUAUAUAUAUAUAUAUAUAUAUAUAUAUAUAUAUAUAUAAAUAUCUUCAAAUUGUGUUUCUUAAUUAUAAAACACCACUGUACUAAAUGGGAAUUCUGGUAAAAAAAUGUUUCCAUUUUCGGUAGGCAUGGUGGUAACUGUGUCCUUUUGUCCAAAUAAUGACAUGGAUGUUUUACAGAAUGCUUUAGCUGGUAUAAACCAAUCAAUUGGAUAUAGCUAUUGUUAUGUUAUAAUAUGUUAAAUUAGUCUAACUUAUUGUGAUUUGAAACUUAGAUAAUUACUCAAUUUUAGUAAUAUUUUAAUAAGCUCACAUACCAGUCUGAAGAAAAUAAUUAGAUGGGGUUGAACACUUCAAUUAAAUACAUUACACCAUAUCGCAUAUAUAGCAUAUUUAAAAUUGGUAUUUUAAAAUGUUGUUUUCAUUUAUGUUAUAAUUGGUGAUAUUGGUUGAAGUAUAUGGAUUUUAGUUUUUCCUCUAGCCAAAAUUAACAAAAAUAAAUAAAACAAAUUUUUAACUUUAUCAUUACUUUAACAUUAAAAUUUUAUCUUGUUUAUUUUUAAUGUUAUGUUUUUGGUGAACUAUCCUUGCUCCAAAUUAAUUUACAGUAUACAUAUGUGCAUACAAGUGACCCUCGUGUUGUGGUUUUGAGUCUGAGCAAGUUGAAACCAACCACUGGUUACAAGAACAUAGAAGUGAGUAAGCUGCAACUAUGUUUAUCUUGUUUAAUUUGUAAAAUGUUCUGUGUGACAUAUUACUUUUGUUUUCAUAAGCUUUUAAUUGCCUUUUUCCUGCUGUGCUAGUAAGAUCGUGGCAAGUGAGAAGGCUAUUGAUUUGUUGUUUCACUGGGAUUUUCAACAUCUGAGACAGAGUAAAAUAUAUAAUAUAUUUUGUCAAUGACAUAGCCUCCCAUUCUGUGAUCAGAGUAAAAAUUACCCAGCUGUUUUCAA